AUGUCCGUUGUAACGAGAAACGUAUAUGUAGAUAAUAGAAACUAUCAAUCGAAAGUCAGGGCAUUUUGUAUUGCACUGUUAAAUAGACAUUGUGAUGUUGAAGUGAAACAACGCAGAAAUGUUAAAGUUCUCACACUGCCAUUUUUCCAAAUUAAAAAACUUCAAUUCAAUAAUAGCGAAGAUGGUGUUAUCGAUUUACAAGAAUUAGUCAAACGAAGAGUAUAUGGAUUAGAAGAGAAAGACAUUCAAAAUAAUAUAAAUAUACAAAGAGUGAUGUAUCGGAAGAAAAAGAAUGGAUAUAGAGAAUCAAUUAAUAUUAUUAAUGACAUUUUAAGUGAAAUUGGGUAUUUUAUUUGUUCAACACAAACACCAGGAAGAUAUAGUAGUGUGAAAAUGGAUAUUGUUAAAUCAAUCAUAGUUAAUGGAGUAGUUUACAAUAAAAAUGAAAUAGAACGAAUUGGAGAAGAAAUCUGUAAAGAAAUAGAAAAGAGAAUAGGGAAAGAAAAGACUGUUUUAGUAAAACAAAACGAUAACAAGCUUUCUAAGUUAUUAAAAGAAAAAUAA